UCUUCAUGUUUUUUUCCCCAUGCAGUUUGGAGAGUGUUCAGCACUUAAUUUGAUUCAGGAACGGCUAUUCCUACAAAUGGAAUAACGAGAGAAUACUGGCAGCCAAUGGAGAGCAUAUAAAAAGGAGGCAUAAGUUAAUUGAUCUACUGUAGGUGAGCUACGAAUCGACAAACGGAUCUGACAUGGAGCUGACUGUGUCCAGCUUCGUCUCAUUGUUGGUCUACAUCUUGACCUUCUUGCUUGGACUUCCCUGCAACCUCCUUGUACUUUUCGUGUACAUCCGUAAGGCUCGAAAACACGGUGCCACCCCCAACGUAGUCUACGCUCUUAACCUGUGCGUGGCAAACCUGGCUCUAGUGUCAUGGAUGCCAGUCAAAGUGGCCGAGACUGUGCUCCAAGGUUGGGCGCUUCCAGCUGCGGUUUGUCCAGUUUACAGCUUCUUUCUGUUCUCUUCGGUCUAUGGUAGCAGUUUGAUCCUCACAGCAGUCGUCGUUGGACGUUAUCUGAGUAUUGCCUAUCCCAUAACUUACAAACUCUACCGUCGGGCGCGUACCUCUUGCCUGGUAAGCGCCAUCUUGUGGCUCUUAGUGCUUGCACACUUGGGUUUUGCUUAUAUUGCUGAAGGAGGGGGCCAUUUUGUGUCUUUAUCAGAGGAGAAUGUCUCAGCAUGCUAUGAAAACUUCACCCAGGUGCAGUUGGAAGUGCUGGUGCCAUUACGCCUGGAGAUGGCGCUGCUACUCUUCUUGGUGCCACUUGUUUUGUCAGCAUUCUGCACACUGCGCUGCCUAGUGCUUGUCAGACACUCUGCUUUGCCCUCUGAUGGGAAAAGAAGGGUGUUAGCCAUUGCACUCUCCACUUUAGUAGUAUUUGUGGUCUGUUAUGGACCCUACAAUGUUUCCCACGUGGUGGGCUUUGUAUUGUACACUAAUGUGGAGUGGAGAAGUGAAGCCAUGCUUUCCUGCUCCUGCAAUGUAUUUCUUGAGCCAGUGGUCAUGUUAAUGCUUUCGCCGUGGACGCCGAGGGAUUUGGUGGACAAGUUGUGCCAUAAACGAAGGAAUACAUCAUAUAAGUCGUGGAAUCACUGCAACAGGGCUUCCAGGAGUCCUCAAACAACAACUCAGGCUGCGUCAAUAAUAAGCCAUGGUGAAUCUAAAGAUGACAAAUCAAAAGCAAACAAAGCUGACCCGUCUAUAAAAGAGACCUGAUUAGGGUACGACAAGACACUCAUGGAAAUACAUGAGAUGUUGACUUUGAUCAUGGAAUUUUUUAACUUCUGAGUGUGAGUCACCCAAUCAUAUUUACGGGAAGGAUAUGAGAUAAUGUUUUGGUGGUUUUUAAAGUUAUUGGAAGAGAGUGCAUGGUAACAUAAUAUUUUUAGCAGUAUGACAUUUUUCAAGACAGCUUUUUAAUCACAGCUUUCCUUUUUCACUUAUGUUUGCUUCUAUAUUACAUGAUACAAUUUUUAAUGGUUUUAACUAAACAUUAAUAAAAGUAAGUUAUUAUAAAGGCAAAAAAUGUAAACUUUAGCAGCAUCGGAUCUUUUGAAAAUGAGGGAAGAUCUAUAGUAAGACUGAAGUGGUUCUAUGGAGGCUUGAUGUAUUUCAUCAAAAUCUGGACAACAGUGUGGUACUGUUGACCCAUGUGCUUAAUAUGUACUAUUCUUUGAAACACUUAUUCUGUAAUUAUUGUUAUUUGUAAUAUAAAAUGUAUAAUGUGAAAUGUGUAAAAUGUUAACUAUGGGUGCUGUAUUGUAAAUAUAAUUAAAUUGCUCUUACAUGGUCAUUUUCCUGGUGCAGUUUUUGUGUAUGAAAAUAAUGAAUUGAUGCAGCAAGUAAUAUUUUAAAUAUUUUAGGGAUGGAACGUUGAUGAUUAUUUUACAUUAAGACAGUUAUUAUUAUUAGUCUUAGACUGCCUUGGUUUGCAUUUAUGUCUGGUUGUGUUUUACUAGUUCUCCUGUGUAUUCUACAUCAAAACUCUGAUUUAGAAAUUUUUCCUUCGUUGCGCACUUUUUGCGACAAACACACAUUACAGAAAGAUGGAUUCUCCAAAGUGAGUACGGUACCAGGAAAAUAGACCUGCCUGCAACUCCCCUUAUGAAAGGAAAAUAUAUUUACCAAUAUAUUUCUUAAAAUGAAUACAUUGAAUAAUAUAUGGAUGAUACAUAUAUUCUAUAAUAUAUUGCAAAAUAUACAAAUUAUUGCCGCUUUCAAUAUAUUGCAAUAUAUUGGAAAAAAUAAAGAUUAAAUCCCAUAUAUAAGAAUAUAUGCCUAAUAUAUUGCAUGAUAUUUUCCAUUAUACUGCAAUAUAUUUUUGUUUCAUAAGGGCCAACUGCUAUGCCUGGAACAAAAUCCAGAAUAAUGUUCCUGUGGCUGAGUGGUAGAGCAUUGCGUUGUGGUUCAAUUCCCAGGGAACACAGAUACUGAUAAAAUAAAUAAAUAAGAAUGGAUAGCCUGAAUGCACUGUAAGUCGCUUUGGAUAAAAGCAUCUGCUAAAUGCAUAAAUGUAAAUGUAAUGCAGCAAAGCCUCAAGGCCUACACCUAAUGGCUCACUUGCCCAGUGU